AUGAGCAAUGGCACGGGCGCAGACGACGGCCACAGGAGCAGGUCGAGCUUGACGACAGCGGGCGACUACGCAGCAGCGACGCGUGCCGUCAGCGUAGCCAUCGACCCCGUCGCUCUGAUCAUUACAGAAUGCAUCACCGUCACAUCGGCCAUGCGCAAGCAUGCGCGCUGGGCCCAAUCGUCGGUCUCAGCAAUCCUCGGCGGCGGUGCUGCCAGACGUCCACCCUCCUCUCUGGCCUCUCUCGCCGUGGGUGACGAUGGUGAUGGUGGACAACUGGCUACACGAUGGGGUCUUCGCGGCAAGAAGGGAAAGAGCAUCCAGGACAACCCGCUGCUGUCUGCCUUUGCGCGUUUGCGCAGCCAGCUCAAGGGAUGCAGAGACAUCCGCACCGUCGACACUCCCUCGAUCCUCCAACCUUUCCUGCAGGUCAUCCGUUCCUCGUCUACCACCGCUCCCAUCACCUCGCUGGCCCUGAUCGCAAUCACAAAGAUGCUCUCGUACAAUGUCGUCAGCCCGGCCAUGCCCAACUUUCCCUACGCCAUGAUGCUCCUGUCUUCGAGUGUAACAAACUGCCGCUUCGAGGGUGACAAUACCGCCUCGGACGAUGUCGUCUUCCUCCGUAUUCUCAAGCUCAUGGAAAUCAUCAUCACUGGUCCUUCCGGCGAGGUUCUCGGUGAUCAAAGCGUCUGUGCUAUGAUGGAAUGUGGCAUCUCGAUAUGCUGUGCACUGCGUAUGAGCGAAGUACUCCGUCGUUCGGCCGAGAUCACCAUGGUCACCAUGUGCCAGACUAUCUUCCAGAGACUAACUCACCUCGAGUCAUUGCCUGAACAUGACAAUCCAAACCAUCAAGACGACUUCAAAAUCGCGUCCAGCACCACCCAGAUCGGCUCGACAACUGCCCAGGAUACUACUCCCCCUUCUGGGAGCCUGGAUGUCCCUCGUUCGACUACUGGUGAAAGGCCCUCUGCAGAAUUCAACGCCAGCCAGGUUGACUUGACCAAAGCCACCGAAACCACUGACAUUCCUGAUAUCAAGCCCUAUGGCUUGCCCUCGAUUAGAGAACUGUUCCGCACGCUAGCUGAACUGCUCGACCCUCACGACAGACAAUAUACCGAUACAAUGCGAGUCAUGGCUUUGCGCAUCGUAAAUGUGGCUCUAGAGGUGGCUGGUCCUUCAAUAGCCUAUCAUCCAUCUUUGGCUUCGCUGGCCAAGGAUACUCUGUGUCGGAACUUGUUCCAGCUCGUGCGCUCUGAGAACAUCGCCCUUUUGCACGAAUCGUUGCGUGUCGCCGGUACCUUGCUCGCGACUUGCCGCAGUGUACUGCGACUACAACAAGAACUCUACCUCUCGUAUAUUGUUGCUUGCUUGCAUCCUCGUGUCCCAAUCCCUGACGAACCGACCAUCAAUCCUGCUCUUUACGAGGGUGUUCCUCAGUCCCCAAGACUUGUCAAGCCGGCUGCAUCUGCUACGCAAAGUGGUCGAUCGACUCCAGUGCCGGUGAAAGACAGACAAAAGCUCGGGAUGGAAGGCGGUUCACGGAAGCCUGACGCAAGAGAAGCCAUGGUGGAAAGUGUUGGCGCUUUGGUCAGGAUUCCUAGCUUCAUGGCUGAACUCUUUGUGAACUACGAUUGCGAAAUUGAUCGAAGCGAUCUAUGUUUGGACAUGGUUGGUCUUCUCUCGCGUAACGCGUUCCCGGAUUCCGCCACUUGGAGCACUACGAAUGUGCCACCGCUUUGCUUGGACUCGCUGCUUGGAUAUGUGCAAUUCAUCGCUGAUAGACUUGACGAAGAGCCAGUUACUGAGGGCUUGCCCCGUCUGGAAACACUUCGCGAACAGAGGAUUCGUAAACAGAUCAUCAUCCGCGGUGCCACCAAGUUCAACGAGAAUCCUAAACUUGGUCUCGCUUAUCUGGCUGCCGAAGGGAUUAUCGAGAACAAAGACGACGUUAUGUCUAUCACUCGUUUCCUCAAGGGAACAUCACGAGUCGACAAGAAGGUUUUGGGAGAGUUCAUUUCCAAGAGGUCCAACGAGGCUAUACUCGAUGCCUUCAUUGAUCUGUUCGACUUCGCUGGACAGCGUGUUGAUGAGGCUUUGCGCCAAAUUCUCAACUCCUUCCGUCUUCCAGGUGAAUCGCAGCUCAUUGAGAGAAUCGUUACAGUCUUUGCGGAGAAGUACUGCGACAAGACUGACCCCGAGGGCAUCGCGGACAAGGACGCUGUCUACGUCUUGACAUAUGCGAUCAUCAUGCUCAACACCGAUCAGCACAAUCCGAACAUGAAGCAAGCGCGAAUGGCAGUGACCGAUUUUGCUCGCAAUCUGCGUGGUGUUAAUGGAGGCAAGGACUUUGAGCCAGAUUAUCUUCAAGGAAUUUAUGAUUCGAUCAGGACUCGGGAGAUUAUCUUGCCAGAGGAGCAUGACAACAAGCACGCUUUCGAACAUGCCUGGAAGGAACUUUUGAUCAAGACGCAGACUGCGCAAGAUCUGGUACUGUGCGACACUAACAUCUACGACGCAGAUAUGUUUGCAGCCACGUGGCGACCAGUCGUUGCAACCCUAAACUAUGUCUUCAUGUCCGCUACCGAUGACACGGUCUUCCAGAGAGUCAUCUCUGGCUUCGAUCAAUGCGCUCAAAUCGCAGCUAAGCACGGGCUUCACGAUUGUCUCGAUCACAUCAUAGCUUCUCUUGCACAAAUCAGCACACUGGCUACAGAGACACCAGCCAGUACUGCUCUCAACACUGAAGUGCAAGCAAACGGUAAGAGUAUCAUGGUGAGCAAAUUCGCCGUCGACUUUGGCCGGGAGAACAAAGCACAGCUUGCUACACUCGUGCUCUUCCGUAUAAUCAAUGGCCACGAAGCCACAAUCCGCGAUGGCUGGAGUCACAUUAUCAGGAUCAUCCUCAACCUUUUUAUAAACUCUCUUAUUCCCUCUACCCUAUCUACAUUGACGUCAAAACUUGAUCUUCCACCAAUUCCACUUCAGAGCCCUGCUCAGGUCGUCGAACGGAACGAUAAGUCGACAGAUAUCGGGUUGUUCUCCGCUUUCACAUCCUAUGUGUCAAGCGUGAUGAAUGACGAGCCGCCAGAGCCGAAUGAUCAAGAGAUCGAGGCUACUCUGUGCACUGUGGACUGCAUCAGCGCUUGUCGACUGGAUGAAGUCGUUGCCAACAUUGGGAAUAUGCCUAGCGAUUCUCUCGGAGCCUUCACGCAGUCGCUCCUCUCAUACCUGCCACCAGACGAUGUGGAGAACUCCCCUAAAGUUAUCGUUGUGAAACCACCAAUCGCCUCUCCGACCCCCCUACGCCCUAAUGGUCAGAAGCCGCAGUCCACCACGCCAGACUACGAUCCGGCCCUUGUUUGCGUCCUUGAGCUUGCCACCGUCCUAGCAACGCGUGACCAAGACUCGGUCUCGUCGUUCGGUCAAGACGUUGCUCAAACUCUGAAGUCUGUGAUUCAUGAUGCAGACAAUUUGCAUCCCGUGACAGUCGGUCGGGCGUCCUACUACCUCUUGAAGCUGCUCAAAGCUAGUGACGACCACGAUUAUGUCCGCGCACCGGUGGUGUUGCAUACAAUCUCGUCUUUCAACCAGGAUCUCCUUCAACAAUGCGGCCCAACGAUAUUGAAGGGAAUUUCUGGAUGCAUCAAAGGAUCGGCAAGCCUUCGGAAAGAGAUGGCAACGUCUCCGGAUUUCUGGUCGGUACUUCAUGCUCUUCAGCCAAAUUCAGAAGCUGCUCCCUUGGCGUUUCAUAUCACCGAAGACAUUGCUACAGGAUCGCCUCAGGCAAUUACUGCUGACAACUAUGAAUCAGCUAUUGGUCUGUUGAAUACCUUCGCCACGGUCACUGUGGCUCGUGAACCCCGGAAAGAGCCAAGUGCGCGACGCGGCAAACCUGCGGCUCCCGAGAAGCGACCAGCACCUGACGAAGCCACCCUUCGCGGUGUCAGAGCGAUGGCCAUUGUGUCGCAAAUGACUAGUCGGGUACCUGCGUUCAUCGAACAGUCCCACCUGGAACCCGAUGAGGCUUGGCAGGCAUACUGGCUUCCCAUUUUCCGAUGCUUCACUGUGCAAUGUGUCAGUCCCUCUCGAGAAAUUCGCCAGCAAUCAUUCACGUCUUUGCAACGUUGUUUGUUAUCCAAUGAUCUCGCAUCCCCAGAACACAAGGAGUGGACAAACAUCUUCGGCCAAGUUGUAUUUCCCUUGGUUCAACAGCUGCUCAAGCCAGAGGUGUACCAAACAGAUCCCUUCAGUAUGGGCGAAAUGCGCAUACAGACUGCACAGCUUCUAUGCAAAAUAUUUUUGCAUUACCUCGUGAUGCUUAGCGAGUGGGAUGGGAUGUACGACUUGUGGAUGGAGAUUCUGGACCUCAUGGACCGUCUGGUGAAUAGCGGUCAAGGCGACACACUGGCUGAGGCUGUGUCAGAAUCCCUCAAGAACAUACUGCUCGUCAUGUCUAGUGGCGGCUACCUAGAACGACCUAGCGAAAGCGGUGAACAAUCAGAACAGCAAAAACGACUGUGGAACGACACAUCAAACAGGCUGCAAAAAUUCCUCCCGAAUUUGAUGCCUGAGCUUUUCCCAAAGUUAGAAGCGAAGGAAGAGGAGGAGACCAAGAUAGAAGGAUCCCCUAGUAGAGUUGAGGAAAGUGUGCCUGUGCCUACUGCUGAGGAGAAGGGGCCGCAGAUCGCAUAG